UGAGGCCUGUGAAGUACGUUGAGGUGAGAAGCGGAGUUUCAUAUUGUCAUGCCAUAUCCUUGUCGAUGCUUACAUAUAACGAGAAACGCCAUUGAUGAACAAAUGGAAUCGAUAUUACGGUCGUGAUAAAUCUGGAAUCAGCUGCUUUUUUCAUACACAUGGAGCAGCAACACAUUCAAAAAAUGCAUCCAAAAAGUUCUUUUUUUCUUCUUCUCCCCACAAAAAUGGCAUGAAAUGUCUUGCAGUGUUAGUGCCUCUGCUCGUAAGUGCUUCCUCAGCAUUUAUGACUUCAUGGCAGAGUGGAACAUAAUGGCUGCCAGAGCUGAGUUCGACGCUGAUGGAGAAGAUGCAGGCCCAGGAGAUGCUUAGCGGCCUGAGGGUGCCAGACAUGGGCGAGCUGGGCCACUUCUUCAGCUCGCUGCCCACCUCCACUCUGGUGGGCAUCGGCGCCCUCACCGCCGUGCUGGCCUACUGGCUGGCCACCAGGCCCCGCCCCAUUAAACCACCAUGCAGCCUCCUGCACCAGUCAGAGGAGGUGCCGCGUGAAGAUGGGGGUCGCAGGUCCAUGAUGGGUGACAGUUCCAAGCUGCUCAGUCAUUACCACGACGACGCUAGGACAAUGUACGAGGUCUUCCAGCGAGGCCUCCAUAUAUCAGGUGACGGGCCUUGCCUAGGCUCGCGACUCCCCAACCAGCCUUACAAAUGGAUGUCCUACAAAGAGGUCACUUCCCGGGCCGAGCAUCUGGGAUCGGGCCUGCUACACCAGGGCUGCAAGGCCAGUCCGGACCAGUUCAUUGGAGUCUUUGCUCAGAACCGGCCCGAGUGGAUAAUCUCAGAGCUUGCAUGCUACACGUACUCCAUGGUGGUGGUGCCCCUCUACGACACGCUGGGUCCGGACGCCAUACGCUUCAUCAUAAACACGGCCGACAUCUCCACGGUUAUCUGUGACAAGGUGGACAAGGCGCAAGUGCUGCUAGCUAACGUGGAGCGCGCGGAGACGCCGGCCCUGCGCCACAUCAUCCUGAUGGACGCCCUGGACGCCGCCCUGGUGGAGCGCGGACUCGGCUGCGGCGUGCACGUGCAGGCCAUGGAGGAAGUGGAGGCGCUGGGCAGAGAUCACCAUCGAAAACCUUUACCGCCCUCACCGCAAGACCUUUCAAUCGUGUGCUUCACCAGUGGAACCACAGGAAACCCCAAAGGGGUGAUGCUCACCCACGGGAACGUGGUGGCUGACUUCUCGGGCUUCCUUAAAGUGACCGAUAAAGUGAUUUUCCCCAACCGGGACGAUUGCCUCAUUUCGUUCCUGCCGCUGGCUCACAUGUUCGAGAGGCUCAUCGAGUCAGUGGUCUACUGCCACGGCGGGCGCAUCGGCUUCUACCAGGGCGACAUCCGCUUGCUGCCCGAUGACAUGAAGGCCCUGCGGCCCACCAUUUUCCCCGUGGUGCCCCGCCUGCUCAACCGCAUGUACGAUAAGAUCUUCAGCCAGGCCAACAGCCCGCUGAAGCGCUGGCUCCUCAACUUUGCCGCCAAGAGAAAAGGCGCCGAGGUUAGCAGCGGCAUCAUCCGCAGCGACAGCGUCUGGGACAAAAUCUUCUUCAGUAAGAUUCAGGCCAGCUUGGGUGGGAGACUGAGGAUGAUCAUAACAGGAGCAGCUCCCACAUCGCCCGCUGUGUUGGGGUUCCUCAGAGCAGCUUUAGGAUGCCAGGUGUACGAAGCGUACGGGCAGACGGAGUGCACGGCCGGCUGCACCUUCACCACGCCCGGCGACUGGACACCAGGUCACGUCGGCGCGCCACUGCCGUGCAACCUCAUCAAACUGGUGGAUGUUCCCGAGAAGAACUACUUUGCUGCCAAAGGGGAGGGCGAGGUUUGCGUGAAGGGACCAAACGUGUUUAAGGGCUACCUCAAAGACCCCGAGAGGACCGCAGAGACGCUGGAUCCGGACGGCUGGCUCCACACCGGCGACAUCGGCAAAUGGCUGCCCAACGGCACGCUGAAAAUCGUGGACAGGAAGAAGCACAUCUUCAAGCUGGCGCAGGGCGAGUACAUCUCCCCUGAGAAGAUCGAGAACAUCUACAUACGGAGCGAGCCCGUGGCCCAGCUUUACGUGCACGGAGACAGCCUCCAGUCCUGCCUUGUGGGGAUUAUCGUGCCCGACCCAGAAGUCAUGCCCACCUGGGCCAAGAAGAAAGGGAUCUUAGGCACCUACAAGGACCUGUGUAAAAACACAGAACUUAAGAAGGCCAUCCUUGAGGAUCUGGUGCGUCUGGGCAAGGCCAGCUCUCUGCAUUCCUUUGAGCAGGUGAAGAAUAUCUACAUCCACAGCGAGAUGUUCUCCAUUCAGAACGGCCUGCUGACGCCCACGCUGAAGGCUAAGCGGCCUGAGCUGCGGGAGUUCUUCAAGGAGAAGAUCGACCAGCUCUACAGCACCAUUUCCAUGUGAGGGUAGACCUCCAAAACAACAACAUUGCGCACUGACGAACAAGCAGCAAAAAAAA